CCUGCAAUGGCGUUGAGGCGCCGCAGCCGUCGCUGCCUGCUGUCAGGCGGGCGGCGGCAGCGGCCGUUCUCCACAGAGGCGCCGAGCCGCCGGGGGCCGGAGAAGGCGCGAGGGCAGCGCUGAGGCGGGAGGCCGAGGGAGCCCGGUGCGGCUCUCGGCUGGGUUAAAUCAGCUGUUGUUCUUGAGGGUCCUCAGUUGCACUGCUUUGUCAGAAGUGACUGAAUUUGUUUAGAUAUUUGCCUCUAGAUCUUCUGUGAAGUAUUGCCCAGCUGUGAAGGGCUGUGCACCCUGAGAAAAAUACUCUUCAAGCAGAACCUCAACCGUGACAGACUACUGAGAGCAGUAUCACAGAAACUAUGUAAGCUGGUUUUGCACUUCUGGAGUAAACAUGAUGAAAACGGAGUCUUCAGGAGAAAGAUCUACCCUCCGAAGUGCCUCUCCUCACAGGAAUGCUUACAGAACUGAGUUCCAGGCACUGAAAAGCACCUUUGACAAACCGAAAUCAGAUGGAGACCAAAAAACAAAAGAGGAAGGAGAGGCCUCACAGAGCAGGGGAAGGAAAUAUGGCUCAAAUGUCAAUAGGAUUAAGAACUUAUUUAUGCAGAUGGGCAUGGAGCCCACUGAAAGUUCUGGAGUUACCCCUAAGACCAGGGGAAAGGGUGGCCCUCCAUCACCUCAGAGACGAAUUAGACCCAAAGAAUUUUUAGAAAAAGCAGAUGGUUCAAUUGUAAAAUUAGAAUCAUCCGUCUCAGAAAGGAUUAGUAGAUUCGAUACUAUCCAUGAUGGUCCUUCCUAUUCCAAGUUUACUGAAACUCGGAAGAUGUUUGAGCGAAACGCUCAUGAAAUGGGACAUUCCAAUCGCUAUUCCCCAAAGAAAGAGAAAGUUGUUUCCAAUGAGCUUCCAGAUGAGUGGUGCAGCUCUAAGUCUCACAGAGGCAGCACUGAUUCUCUGGACAGUCUUAGCCCAAGGACGGAGACCGUCUCUCCAACUGUGAGUCAGCUCAGUGCAGUUUUUGAAAACGCCGACUCACACAAUGUAGAAAAGUCAGAAAACAAUGAAGAAUACUCUGUAACUGGUCACUAUCCACUAAACCUCUCAUCUGCUGUCACAAAUAUCUCCUCCCCAGUUGCAAACCUUGAGGGUUUCAGUCCUCUGAAAGAUGCUAGCACGUGGUCUCCCCCAGCCAAAACAGGCAGGAUGUCUCAGCAGAGUAGCACAUCUUCAACACCAAGACAGAAGAUGUCCACUGGCACUUUGACAGAUUCAAAACCAACUGAAGAAAUAAAACAGAGUACAGAGGCAAAUGCUGAUUCUGUUGAGAGCUCUGAAACAAGUCAACAGGAUUUGGUCAAUGUGCUUGACAGUGAAAGAUCUGUGGACAGCUCUGCUAGGAAUAAGUCAAAAACAGAGACAGAAGUUUUGCUGCAACUGAAGGGACGGUCAGAAAAUGCAGAGGGUAUCUUUGAUAGACCCGAAGCUUCAGAAUUACCCCAAAGUGUAGCUUCGGGUGGUGAUUUUGCCUCAAAUGCUGUUCCAGAUGCUACCGAGUCCCAUUAUGAUGAGACAAGUGAAAAAGAAGUGCACGAAGAUGUGAAUAAUUUUCAGAGUUCUCAUGUGUACAUGCAUUCUGACUACAAUGUAUAUCGGGUACGAUCAAGAUAUAACUCUGACUGGGGAGAGACAGGUACAGAACAGGAUGACCAGGAUGACAGUGAUGAAAAUAACUGUUAUGAACCUGAUAUGGAAUAUUCCGAAAUUAAUGGAUUGCCAGAUGAAGAUGAAAUCCCAGCCAACAGAAAAAUACAGUUUAGCCGUGAUCCAAUUAAGGUUUUCAAUACAUAUUCCAAUGAAGACUAUGACAGGAGAAAUGAUGAAGUUGACCCCGUAGCUGCAUCAGCUGAAUAUGAACUUGAGAAGCGUGUGGAGAAGCUGGAGCUCUUUCCAGUUGAACUAGAAAAAGAUGAAGAUGGACUUGGUAUAAGCAUUAUUGGAAUGGGAGUUGGAGCAGAUGCUGGCCUUGAAAAACUGGGAAUAUUUGUCAAAACUGUAACAGAAGGUGGGGCAGCAGAAAGAGAUGGCAGGAUCCAAGUGAAUGACCAAAUUGUGGAAGUUGAUGGCAUCAGUCUGGUUGGUGUUACACAAAAUUUUGCUGCAACUGUUCUUAGAAACACCAAAGGGAAAGUCAGGUUUGUAAUUGGACGAGAAAAGCCAGGACAAGUGAGUGAGGUUGCACAGCUGAUUAGCCAAACCCUAGAACAAGAACGCCGCCAGAGAGAGCUACUGGAGCAGCAUUAUGCACAGUAUGAUGCAGAUGAUGAUGAGACAGGGGAAUAUGCUACAGAUGAAGAAGAUGAAGACAUGGGACCUGUCCUUCCAGGAGGUGACAUGGCUAUUGAAGUGUUCGAUCUCCCUGAAAAUGAUGACAUGUUCUCCCCCAGUGAUGUGGACACCAGCAAACUUGCUCACAAAUUCAAAGAGUUGCAAAUCAAACAUGCAGUUACAGAAGCUGAAAUUCAAAAGCUGAAGAUGAAGCUGCAGGCUGCUGAGAAUGAGAAGGUGAGGUGGGAAUUGGAGAAGACCCAACUCCAGCAGAACAUUGAGGAGAAUAAGGAAAGGAUGAUGAAAUUAGAGAGCUAUUGGAUUGAGGCACAAACCCUGUGUCACACGGUGAAUGAGCACCUCAAGGAGACGCAAAGUCAGUAUCAGGCUCUGGAGAAGAAAUACAACAAGGCGAAGAAAUUAAUCAAGGAUUUUCAGCAAAAAGAACUUGACUUCAUCAAACGUCAAGAAGCUGAACGAAAGAAAAUAGAAGAUUUGGAGAAAGCACACCUUGCAGAGGUUCAAGGCUUACAAGCUCGUAUACAAGACUUGGAAGCAGAAGUUUUCAGGCUGAUGAAGCAAAACGGGAGCCAAGUCAACAAUAACAACAACAUUUUUGAAAGGCAGACAUCUUUUGGAGAAGUUUCUAGAGGAGAUCCAGUGGAAAAUCUAGAUACUAAGCAAGUGUCUUGCCUGGAUGGCUUAAGUCAAGAUUUCAAUGAAGCAGUGCCAGAAACAGAGAGGCUGGACUCCAAAGCUCUGAAGACUCGAGCUCAGCUUUCAGUGAAGAACAAGCGGCAGAGGCCUUCUAGAGCAAGGCUGUAUGAUAGCAUCAGUUCAACUGAUGGAGAAGACAGCCUUGAACGAAAGCUGUCAAACAGUUACAGUAGUCCCAUUCACAUUUCAAAAUCACCACUGCCCUUAUGCAUGAGAGCAUCCUCACCAGCAUCAGAUUCUGGUGCUUCCUCCCUCUCCCCUGUGGCUAGCAGUGCAACAAUCUCACUUGACAACCUAACUGAAAACCAAGAAGAAGAACAGCACCACAAAGGAGGUAUCUUUUCCGCUCAUGCUCAGGGAGACAGUCCUCUUUCCUCUCCUUCAAAAUCUGGGCACAGCUCUGAAGCAUCUCCUUUGCAUCACCCAGCUGGCAGGAGUAUUUUACAGGAUAAAGAUGGUGCUAUAUGUGCUCAGGCAGCAAGAACAACUAGCCCUACUAUAGGGCAUACAGAAAAACUAAAGCGAAAACUUGCACAUCUCAGGGCUCCCUUGAGAAGGAGUUCAAACAAGGGAAAGAAGCGGAAAGAAAAAGAAGCUAUUGGGGUGACCUAUGGCAGUAGGACCACCAGAGAGAUGCUGCAGAAGUCAGCAAGCGCUAAAUCUUUAGCAGAGCGAUCCUCCUCUCUCCCGUACUGUGUACCAUUCACAUGGUAUGGAGAGAGUGGCAAGGGAUCCAAUUCUUCUAGCAACCUACCAUCGCCUACCAGCUCAACUGAACCUUCCUCUGAAAAUAUAAGUCCAGCCAAAAAAGGGUCAAAGAAUUUCACAUUCAAUGACGAUUUCAGUCCCAGCAGCACAAGUUCGGCCGAUUUGAGCGGUUUAGGAGCAGAACCUAAAACCCCAGGUUUCUCACACUCCUUAGCACUGUCAUCAGAUGAGAUCCUUGACGAUGGACAAUCUCCUAAGCACAGUCAGUGUCAGAGUCGGGCUGUUCAGGAGUGGAGCGUGCAGCAGGUUUCCCACUGGUUAAUGAGCCUGAACCUUGAACAGUAUGUUUCAGAAUUCAGUGCCCAAAACAUUAAUGGGGAGCAUCUUCUUCAGCUGGAUGGGAGUAGACUCAAGGCUCUUGGUAUGACAUCUUCCCAGGAUAGAGCGGUCGUUAAGAAAAAGCUAAAGGAGAUGAAAGCAUCCUUGGAGAAAGCUCGCAAAGCUCAAGAGAAAAUGGAAAAGCAAAGGGAGAAGCUUCGUAAGAAGGAACAAGAGCAACUGCAGAGGAAAGCAAAGAAAACAGACAAGUCUUUGUCAGAUGCAACAGAGGGCACUAAUGAGCAGUGAUGAGCAGAAGCGCUGCGGUGUUAGGAAGGAGGAUGCACUUCAAGGGAAGAGAAACUCGUACCCGCUAUGUUGCCCCUUCAGCUUUCUUGUAUUCAUUACACUAGAGUGUGUACAGAGAAAUGGGGCUGUACAUAGAAUGACUAGGGAAAUUUAUAUUGUCUAGGUUUACUGUCACGCAUACCCAGUUCAGCUCGUUGCUGUUGCCAUGUGAAACAACCCCAGCCCCUUGGUUCGUUUUGUUGUUGUUGACAGCUAACAGAUUUCAUAUUUGUGUGGUGGUGUUUCCUUCCAAACUUUUCUUCUCUAUUGAGUUCUGUGUGUUUGGUAACUUCAGUAACCAGCAUGAUGCCGAGGAGCAUGGCGCACUGCUUGACCUCUUCUGAAUAGGAUGGCCAGUCAAAAUGACUGGUGAACGUUUCUCCAGCUGGGUAAAAGAAGUUGUGCUCUGUCUGAUAAGAGUUGACUUAACUUUCAAACUGGGAGUUCAGCCUCUUUACAGUGUUUGGAUACUCAGUUCUGUCUACUGGAGUUAAGUUUUAUCUUGUGUCAGUACCUCGAAGCAACACUGCUCUGGAAACACAACUGUUCAGUGACUUCUUAUUAUACACUGGAGAUAAAGACAGGAGAUUCGAUAUUCCCCCUGGGUAGAAGACAGGAAGUGAAACUCUUUCUGUUACCUGUACAAUAGUUAAUCCAUGAAGGAGGCAAAGCCUUAAACGCUUAUGUGGGUUUACACAGAAAUCUGAGGAUAACAUUUAUCCUUUAGAUGUCUGAGCAAGGAUGAAUUUCUAACUAGAGCACAGCAUAUAGAUCUGUAUAAAUUUUGUUGUGCUCCCAGUGUGUAGGCAACUUUCUUACAGCAUAUCUGCUUUCUUUUUCAUGUGUUUUGAAUAGGAAAAUGGACUUAUUUUGUUUUGAGGUUUUCUUUUUUUCCAAGAAAAACACCACAUAUUCAGAUUCAUUCUCCAGUAAGCAUUGCAAGAAUAAGCUUUGUGCUGUGCUGUUAUGAAGCUAUUGUUGGAAACUGUUGUCAAACCUGAGUCUGCUGAAGAUUUUCAAUUUUUACAGAAGUGCACUUUAAGAAGAGGAAGACUAGGGAUCUGGUUAAAAUUGAACUCACUAUGUUGCUGUUAAGAUCAGUGCUACCAUGGAGGUGAUGGUUACAAAACCCAAAGCUGCCAUAUAUUAACUGGUUUGAUCAAAGUGUUUAAAGAAUAGCCCCAUCAACACCUGAAUUUCUGGGCCUAGGCUGUCAAGCACAUUGAUGGCCUAGCAGUGGUCAUGUUAGGUCCUUCAGAGAUCGCCGUUUUCCGGAAGGAAAAUGGUGUAGGAGGCCCUCAGUGAAGCCUGCUGGGUAGCUUUGACUGUGGCAGCAGCAGUGUGUAGCUCAUACUGCAUGGUGUUGCUGCUUCUAAAGAGCAGUAUUAAAACACCCAGCAUUUCUUCAAAAGGAUGGACAGAGAGUAGGCAAAUUUCCACAAGGAGAAGCCAGAGGUGUUAUCUUAAUACAUUACAGGCAAAGCUAACUACAUGGCAGCAUUCGUAGCUGAGAAACGUCACCUCCCUUUCAUGCAUGCUGGGAGGUACAGGCUUCAUCCAAUCCUGCCAACCCAGAAAUCCUUGGAGAGUUUGACACAAAGUUAGACUCUUAAACUUUAAAACUUGCCAGCCUAAAAAAUAAAGCAAAAGCUGAAUUAUUUUGAAGAAAAUAACUUGAUUUAGUUUGACUUUACAGAUUUGUGUCUGUAAGUUCUAUGGAGCUUGGAUUUGAAACAAUUGGGGUACAAUGUUCAUAGUUCAAUUUAUUUUGAUCCUAAUAAUUUCUUUGACAAUUAAAAUGGACUGCAAACCAGGAGAGCCUGCUUCAUUUGAAAUCAAUGUGCUUAGCAUUAGCUUUCUUUUUGCUUCCAAAUCCAGUUCCUACAAAUUACUGAUGUAUAUUCAGAUGAAAAAAUGAAAUUGCUGUAAAAGAUACUUCCUGAUAUUUCUAAAGGCUUGUGAUGUUUUUCUUGAGAAAGACCGCCAUCAAAAAAUAGACCUGAUAACAAUUCCACAUUGCAAUGCAUCUUUCUGCACUCUGUAGGAGAAAAAUUAUAUAAAUGUUUAACAGCUUUGUAAAACUAGUACUCCAUUAUUUUAGGAGGUUGUCAAUUUAUAUUUGAGGAAGAGAAGUUAUCUGGAAGAAACUGGAAAUUUAAUAUUUUUAAGUACAGUGUUGAUAAAUCCAUUUGAUGAUUAUUUUUUUUUAAUUGUGUUUACAUUGUAGUAAUCUUUCAUUGGUUAUAUACAGUAAGGUAGUGUCCCUGUAGUCCUGAGAAGACCGCUUGGCUUUAUACAUUGAAGUUUUCAUUCUUGCUGCUUAGAACAGUGCCUAGUUAAUUUCUUUGUAAAUCAAAUUCUUACUCUGGAAAAUAAGUAAUUUGACUUAAGUCUUUUCAGUACUUGGGGGCAGGGAGGGGAGUGCAUUACUUUUUUGUUAUUCUCAUACUGAAAAAAAAUACCAACAAAAAAUUGAAAAAGCCUAGUAGCUUACAUUUAAAAUAAAACCAUAAAAUGCAUUUGAUUAACACAUGAAAACUAAGCAAGCUGAGCAAUGUCAAGGGGCUUGCUUGUCUUUCUGUGGUUCCUUUCAUUAAGUACAAUAACUCAUUGUUGGGACCUGCAGGAAUGUCACUGGAUAACAGGUGUAAAGAACAGUCUGAAACUUUGUUACUGUUCUAGGAGAACUUUAAAGUUGUGUUGCAUUUUUUCUCCUUGUAUUGUACGAUGAUAUAUAUGAAACAAAAUAUAUGGAUGUCUCAUCAUUCUUAAAUUUCCUGUAAACUAAGUCAGGCUAAAGUGGGGUUUUGAUAUGAUAAGAGGAAACGUGUAUUCCAUGCUAAAAGGACUUUCUCUUUUGCCUCACCUGCAGAUGUAACUGUCACCUACUUUUGCGUAUUUAUUUGUGGAGCUAAAGCAAUUUUCAGUGUGCUGACAUCUUUACACCUAGGUGACCAGAGCAGGCUGGGAAAGGUGGCCUCUCUCUGGUUACGAUGGUAGGCCAGCUCUGUAAGCUCUGGUUCUGCUCCUUGCUGCAGAAUUGUCAGGCUGUGAUUAUAUCCAGCCUGUGAAAGUAGAAAGGAGAGAGAGCAAAAAAAAAAAGUAACUCUGAACAAUAGAAAACAGGAUACAACACUGUGUGGUACUUUAGUCCUAAAACAACUGGUGUUUAUACUAAGAUUGUGGAGGGAGUGGUCGUUUCUUGCUCUGUUCAAACCAACCAAAUGUAGUGACGCUACUUGCUUUCAGCUCCUGUUUUCCUGUGUGGUGGGUGCUGUGCCUGUGAGAAUUCUGUGUUAGAGUUCCCAGUUUAGUUCCAGCCUGCCCAGGUAGGUGAGGAGCAGGGCAUUAGGAGGGACAUCCUAAUGCUUUUGCAUCUUUUCAAUUUACGUUUUUUGUGCAUCCAAAUGCUUUUGCAUUUUUUCAAUUUUUAAAUGUUUUUGUGAAGGUGUCUCGUGCACCAUGACUCUAACCUGCUGCAGGGAUACCACAAGAGUCAAGCUUUUACUAGAGUUACUGAGCAGCUUUCCUCUGAAGCUUGCCAGUCCUCACUUCUCAUUGACAUUCAGAGGUGCUUGACACUGAGUAUUGGGUUUCCUCAUACUUCAUGGCUUCCAUCAAAGCCUCCUGUCCUCCUGAGCUGCAUCAGCUUCACCUCCUGCUCACAUUCAGGCAAGUCUGAGGUGGGCAGCAUUGCGUGGUUUUUGAUAAUUGUGUUCCACUUUUAAGUCAAAGAAAGAAAUGCCAGUCUCCUUAAUAGUGCAAAAUACACUUCUACAGCAGGGAGGAAGAGGAUCAUCCUUUAGAUGGGGAUGGCCAAGAAGUAUCAUUACAGGCACCAGUGCAACACUGGAAAGAGAUUCAGCUGUAGUUCUUUACAGCAUCUGCACUGUAGUCUGUAAUGUUUCUCAGUGCUGCAAGUUAGGGAAAUUUCGCAACAAUUAAGGAAAAUACCACCAAGACAAAAGUAAAACCUGGUCUUGCCCUUUUCAGGUGUGGCCUUGCCCACUGCAGUAUCAUCACACUGUCAGAGGGGCUUUUAAUAGCACUUUUAAUAGCACUCCCCUCAUUCUGUGCUCCCCCUCGCUUGAAAAUCUCAGGAAAUCUAUGUUGUGGUCCAAAACACUGAAAGCCCAGACAUUUGACAGAAGCAGCAGAUGUUUAAUUAAGCUGCAAGUCUUUAACAGUCAAAAUGGGUAGUGUGCAGAGCAGUUAGAUGGUUUGUUUCAUUAAAUCGAUGAUUGAAAAUAAUGAAAACACUUGGUCAUUCUGGAAAUGUUUAAUUGAUUUGUGGCUUGAUUCACUCUUUAAAUAACUGCAUGUGGUUUUAUGCGUGUCCAUGCACAGCUGUGAAUCCUGGUGUCCUUGGUGCUGGCAGAGGUGGGCCCUGAGGUGGCCGUGUGUGGCAGGGCUGGAGGCACACAAGAGGGCCCUGGGCUGGCCCUGGGCUCAGGGGAGUGCAGCACAGCCUCAUGGGCUCACCGGCCUUGUCAGUGCUGGUACUUUUGCUCACUCUUUUCUUGUGGAGUUUUAUGUAUGUUGCAGAUGAGAAGAUUUUAAAGUUCUGUUAACAUUGUAAACACAAUGGUCCUCUGCAGAUCCUUCUGCGUGUUGCCCUUGGGUUGUUUUUUAUGGAGGUGGGAGGUAGGCAGGAUCAAUUUAUUGAAGUGUCAUUAUUUUAGGAAGGAAAUCUUUUUUAUAUUGUUAAACCUAGUGGAGUACUUUCAGCAGCUCGUUCUGGAGCAGGAUUAUGAGUGACAUCAGAGGUGAUACCCCAGUGGUAUGUGAGUCAUCCGCAGUCCCUUUCGUUAACCUCCUGUCUGGAUUUUACUGUAGUUUUUCCACCUGUAAAACUGAUUUUUCAAAGCUGUGAUAUCUUAAUCACGACAUUGAACACUCCAAUCUCUCAUUAUAAAAUGAGCCUUCUGUUACUGUCAGCACCAACUGGUACUUUUCCUGUUGGCAUAAAGUAAUGAUUUAAAAACUGCACAUCUUGCUGGAAGAUCUGGUGGUAGUGCCUUGAGCUGCCUGUUUCUUUGGGAAGUCUGGACUGUGGAACGAGGUGUGGGAUUUGUGAAACCCGGUCUGCUGAGUCACGUGGGUUUUUUCUUCAAGUGUAGGGAGAGGGAGGUCUCCCAGCUCAUGAGAUUAGGCCCAGCCCACAUAACCCAUGAGCCACAUUUCCUGCCACAUUUUCAGUGGGAGCUUUGUCACUGACACCAAUGGAAGUAGGUUUGGGACCUGGUGCAGAAGCAUCUGAAGGAAAAGAGGAUCCCAGGGCACCAGACAUAAGGAGUCACCAGCCAAUUUGGAAGUGGCAAAUGCACAGUGAACCUCUUCUGAUUUAUACUUUCCUGUACACACUUAGUGUCUGAACAAUUGCUUUCAUAUUUUCCAGUCAUAUUGCAAUGGUAACUCACUGGUUGCUGACAAGUGUUAGAUAUAUUGCUGAAAAACCAGGCAGCUAAAAGACUAAAAUGCACUGUGUUCACUGUAAAAAUUGGCUUCUUACAUAGUUCCUUUUUAUAUGGUUGAAGAGGUGGUUGCGCUUCAGAUUUUUUCCUUUUUCUUUUCUCUUUUUAAAGAGGUCAAAUGUGUAUGAAGAGCAUGUUAUCCUGAACUUUUUGUUUGUACAUCUCGGUGUCUGAUCAUGUGCAUGAAAGACACAGUAGUGCCACGUCUGCGCUUGUUCUCUUGUGCUUGGUUGAUAUGAACUUCUCUAGAUUGUUGAGUUUUCCCCAAAAUAACUUUGGUUAAUAUUUAGUUAUUGGAAGACAUCAGAACCAAAACAUCAUGGUGGCCCUUUGUUUUCUUACAGUUUCAAUGCAAACAACAAAGCCUUGUGGUUUAAUUUGUUAGUGUAAAUAAAUUUCUUGCCAAUGAGUAUUAUUGUUGUUAGACAACGAAUGCAAUAAAAUGAGAAA